ACACUUGAACUAACGUGGGGAUCCAGAAUAUAUCAACAGACGCCGUUAUUCAGGAUCAGAAGCCUCCUGCUCAUAAUCGUCUUCCCUGAAACGAGCUCCACACUCUGUCAACCCCACCCAAUUAUAAAUCUUUGUCCACUCUUGUGUCCGUUUACACAAGCAAGCCCGGCCGGAUGCCAUACACUGCGCCGUUGAAGACGUCGCCUUCCGCGCAGAACAUUGAACACUCCGAACUCACCCCACAAUCCUGUCCCAGCUCUCCUACCGCUGUCUCUCAUAAUCCACGGCAGCAUCUACCUCGUUCUUACUCUUCUACCUCUUAUGUACGAAGGCACCGGCGGAGCCCGUCCAAUAGCAAGGUGUUUGUCUUUCCACCUCCAGACGGUCAAUCCAAGGUGGACCAUGACAUCGACCCUCAUGCCAGUAUCCGAAAGUCACCUCCUCCCCUAAGCGAUGCUGUCAUCCCUCCUGGGGCCCUGAUCUCACCUCCCGAGUCAGCUCCGAACUCUAGUGAUGAAGAGUUGUCAUACCCACCCCAGGACGGGCUCCAGCUGGAGAAACUGGAGGCUGCUGUGAGGUCCAUUGAGCAAAGGCGAGUAUCCUCCCCGGAGAGGAAGUCAUCCGAGUUGCAGCCAUCGUCGAGUAUGGCCGCCAUCGCUGGUGGCCCGGUUCAACCGCCACGACUGCCCCUUUCUCGAGAAGCUCGCAAGAUAUCCCACUCUCGCUCGGUUACAGAGACCUCAAUUGACCGCAAACACGAUGAAGCAUUGACUAGCUCGCCCGAAGAGAGUGAGAGGGAUGACGAGCCCCGGGUACGGCAUCCCAUGGUACGCAAAAAGUCGGGGGAGCUAGUGAGACCAGCUCUCCGCCCACCCUCGGCUCGACGGCGUCCAUCGAGCAUGCCUGGGACUCCGACCUACUCCAAGGCUGUUCAUUUUGAUGCUCAGCUGGAACAUAUUCGUCAUUUCCUGCAGCUGGACAAACCUCAAGCCGUGAGCGCAGAUACAUCACCCGUCGAGGACUAUGAUGCAGCAGAAGAGUUCCCGUUCCGGAGGGGUCAUCGGGACGUGCCCUCUUUUGAAUGGGAACUUCGUCUGUCAAACUUCCCCAAAGACACCCCCUCCCGAGCUAAGCAACGCGUCCGAUUGGAGCGCUUGUACCUGUCAUCGGAUAGGAAUACCAUGAUUGGGGUUGUCGGGGUUGCUAACUUGGCUUUCCACAAGCACGUUGCCGCUCGGUUUACCCUUGAUCAAUGGAAGACCGUUUCCGAGGUCUCGGCAGAGUACAAUGACGGUGCCCGUCGGAAGCAUGCCCACGAUGGCUAUGAUCAGUUUUCCUUCAAUAUCCGACUAGAUGAUCAGAUAAACCUGGAAAAGAAAACCAUGUUUGUCUGCAUCCGCUACAACGUGGCUGGAGAGGAGUACUGGGACAACAACAACUCGCAAAACUAUCAAAUCAACUUCCACCGAAUCCAGAAAGCGAGGCCGGAGGUCCGAACUCCACCCUCUCCACAGCCUCGUCCGGCUUUGCCUCGGAGCAGGAGCUUUGCUGGUUCUAACAGCCGUACGCACUCUGUGCCUCCUUCCUUUGAUACCUUCUCUGAAAUGGACAAGUACAUUUCGUUUGGUAGUCCCCCAGUGGGUGGCAAGGAGGAGCCUCUGGCUGGUGAUGAUGAUCCGCAUGAUGUUGAAGCAGUUGCUCCGAUACGCCGCGACAAACAAAACCACCAGGCUUUUGGGAAUCGCUAUGAUUUCGAAGCCUCGUUGUCUGCUGUGAUGCGGACUAAACCCACUCAUGAUCGCACCACGCUGACAGCUCGAGCAAAAUCCAAAGCGCCGUCGCAUGGUGGUCCCGUCCAGGCCCCGGAAAAGAGGAUGACUUCAAGGGGCGAGAACGCACCUUUAGCCAACAAAAGUGGUCCACCAACAUGUGUACCAGACCACCGCAAACCCUCCACCAUUGUUUCCGGCAAGCCACAUCGCGAGUCCUCCGUAUAUAAGGAGUUGGUUGACAAGUACUGUUUCUUCGGAUCUGGAUCGAUGAAUUUCCCAGGCGGUGUUGAUGGCCCUGUCACGGCUAGUGGGGACUGUGAACGCCGCUCGAGCUCUGGUAGCAGUUCUAGUUCAUUGUCGCCAUGCUCAUCGCCUCGCAUGGAUGCAGCGUUUGGUGGCGAUUCCCGAGAUUCACCUAACGCUCCGUCGUCACCGAACCAUAUCGGAUAUCCAUACCUACCGCCUCUACAGAACAGUUUCCUGAAGGAAACGAAGACUCCGACUAUCAUUCAAGGAUGAGCUAAGCUGCUUAUACGCUUAAGACUCAAUCUUAUGAUUUCACGCGUCCUUUUCACAUAUUUACAUGGCUUUGUGUUAUUCGUGGUGAACGGCA